AUGCGCACUUCAUCCGUCUCCAUCAUUCUGUACACUCUUACAGAUGCAUCACAUGCUUUGUACUCGGGAAAGUACUGCCCUUUGGCAUGUGAGACCGGCGUCAACUAUGUAACCUUCAACGACACCGACCCUUCGCUUUCGAGCAAGAUCCGAGGAUGCCAAAGUGAAUUACGCCUCACAUCACUGUAUCUGUGCUUCGACGAGUUCUGCAUACAGGACGGCCAGACAGAAAAAUGGAUCGAGGACCAGAAACCCUGGUGUGAAGCACACGCGAACAUUACAUUACCUUCCUUUCGCGAUGUUCUGGACCAAUGGACCCCUGACGACAAGGCCAGAGUGACGCGACUGGCGGCUGAAAAGGCACUGAAGUUUCCGACCAUUGGUGAAGUUGUGAUACCAAGUGAUGAGCUUGUAAGGCGAGCUUUCACCACCAUGGAAGCGGCAUUCUGGGAAUACGAGAUCCAUCUCGUGUAUGGCUGGUACAUGUACUACUUCUGGCUCGUAGUAGUGGCCGUUGGUGUAACGACGCGUAUACUGUCACUUCUACGCAGUGAACAGCGCCACAUGUCAUACAAAACAGUCCCAGAAGUCGAAUCCGGCCGGAUUUCUGGACCUCGAAGUCCCUUGGUUUCCCUCCGAACAUGGCUCAGGCGAUACGUUACUACACCUGCCGCUUUUGGUGAUCGUUGUUCUCGACCGUACGGCUGGUGUACCAUCCCACCACGGAUCCAGUCGCUUACCAUCUUUCUUUUUGUCGCACUCAACGUUGUUCUCUGCAGCUGUUCCUACCGUCUUACCGAAGGCAACCUUUAUUGGCCAAAGAAGUCAGUGCAAUUUCUCCGUUUUGUAUCGGAUCGUACGGGAAUCAUAUCGCUCGCGAACUUCCCACUCGUUUGGCUCUUUGGUAUGCGCAAUGAUCUUUUGAUCUGGGUGACUGGAUGGGGUUUCGGUACCUACAAUGCUUUCCAUCGGUGGGCGGCAAGGGUCGCCACAGUACAAGCCGUAGUGCACAGUGUUGGAUACACGCUGAUGAUACUGGAGCGCGGAGGAUGGCCAUCUUUCCUAAACUACUGGACGAAGCACUACUUUUGGAACGGCGAACUGUCAACCAUCGCCAUGUGCGGUCUUUUGGUGUUCUCGUUCUACGGUAUCCGUCGUGCGCACUACGAGUUCUUCCUCGUCACGCACAUAGCGCUCUCAAUCGCAACCCUCUGGACUAUGUACUACCAUGUUGAGAUUUUCACUAAUGGCGAGUGGAACAUAUUCAUCUGGCCAUGCGUUGGUGUCUGGGUCUUUGACCGGAUCAUGCGCCUCUCACGAAUCUUAGCUUUCAACCGCAGCCCGCUGAGUACCAAGGCUAGGGUUACUUAUGAUCCUAGCAGUAACCUCGUGCGUAUGGAAGUCGAUAGUAGUAAGAGCUUAGUAGCCCCAAGGCCUGGCUCUUACUACUACAUCCACGUGUUGGAUGAUCUGUUCUAUGCACAUCAGAGCCAUCCGUUCACGUUGGCAUACAGUUCAAAAGAUACGGACAAUCCUCCAUCUACGCCACUAUCGCCGCUUUCAGCGAGGCCGGAACACUCGCGUACUUCAUCAGCCUCAACCACAGAGUCGGAUGCACUCCUUUCGUCUAAAGCCUCAGAUGCCUCAUCGAACAUGGUGUUUCUUGUCCGACCGUAUGACGGCUUCACAUCACGAUUGAAGUCACAUUGUCUCUUGCAUCCCAAAAGACUCCGCAUCCUUGUGGAAGGGCCUUAUGGACACACUGUUCCUCUCCGCAGUUCACAAAACAUUUUGUUUGUAGUCGGUGGAACGGGUAUCGCAGUCCCGCUAUCACACCUAGCCCACGUUCUAGCCAGUACAUCACGUGUACGCAGUGUGAAGAUUGUAUGGGCAGUACGCGAGUACGCGUUCCUCACUUCUGUUCUCCGCGACUUCAGAGGCUUGUUGAGUGAUGAGAGAGUCGAGAUGGAAGUGCACGUCACUCGGGAUGAUGAGGCAAAAGACGAUGUGUUGGGCGAAGACCUGAAGAGCGUAAGAAUCAUGGCACACAGACCUGACGUACAUGAAACAGUUCAAGAGGCUGCUAGAGAUGCGGGCCAGCAACGUCUGGCGAUUGUGGCUUGUGGACCAGCUUUGAUGGCGGAUCAAGCUAGGAGAGCGAGUGUCCAGAUGUUGGAUAAAGGUUUUAGAGGGGUGGAGUACUUUGAAGAAAGCUUCAAGUGGUAG